UCUUAGAAUCUCUGAACUAACCUCUCAACCAUGGCGGUCGUGAAAUUGCACGGAUCUUGGUUUAGUCCGUACGGUUACAGAGUAAUUUGGGCUCUAAAACUCAAAGGCAUACUGUACGAAUAUAUUGAAGAAGAUCUCCUCAACAAGAGUCCUUCGCUUCUUCAAUAUAAUCCAAUUCAUAAGCAAGUCCCGGUGCUCGUUCAUGAUGGAAAACCGAUCUGUGAAUCCACCGUUAUCCUUCAAUAUAUCGAUGAAAUUUGGCCGCAGAAUCCUUUGCUGCCGGCUGAUCCCUAUGACAGAGCUGUUGCUCUGUUUUGGAUCAAAUUUGCAGAUGACAAGGGUCCUUUAAUGUCAAAGCUUUAUCAAGCCAAUGGCGAAGAACAACAGGCGGCAGUGAAGGAGUGGUUGGAAAUGUUGGAAGUCAUGGAAGAACAUGCGCUGAUUGGAGUGAAAAAGUUCUUCGGCGGAGACGAGAUAAACAUGGUGGACAUUGCAUUUUCCUUUGUUGCUCACUGGCUUGGGAUUCUCGAAGACGUACUAGGGCUUGAAAUCUUUCAGCCACACAAGUUCCCUCGAGUGAGCUCGUGGAUCCAAAAUUUCAAAUCAAGUCCUAUAAUCAAAGACAACUUGCCUGAUGCCGAUAAGAUGUCUACUUUCUUGAAGCGUGGUAGAGAGAUGAUGUUGACAUCAAAAUCAAAUUAGGGUUUGGAAACUUGUGUUCUUUAUCGAAGGUUUUCAAAAUUUGAACUGAUCAAGUCACUGCUUUGUUAGUCCAAUAAUUUCGAUCAGUUUGUUUAAAUAAAUUAUCAAAAUCAAAAUAAAAAAAUUUCAAUGGGUCCA